GAACAUUCACCUUCAAGAAAAAAAAUACAAUCAAAUAUCAUAAAUGAAAAAUUGCAAAAAAUGUGGGCAUUGGCAGGUAAGGUUUAAACAUUAAAUGUAGCCGAUUAUAAAAAUGAUAACUUAAAAGUCUGCUUAACUUGCAAUUAUCAGAAAAUACUUCCCUUAGAUUUAUCAAGAAGUUUUUGUUUCUAUAAUAUUAUUCAUAGAUAAGGUAUUAUAAUCUAGUGUUCCAUGUACAAUGUAAAAUUACAAUACCUUAUUGGUAGAUAAUAAAGUAACCCUUUUACAAGAGUUUUAGGACUUAACAAAAGUUUUCCUGAGAUGUUAGAAGGCUCAUAUUAGUAUGAUGUUAGCACUCUCUAAUCUGGUAUUAGUUGGUUUUUCUUAGAGCGCUCUCAUUAAUUGAUUAUUUAAAGCUACAGUGUCGUCUCUCAGUUCCCAAUAAUUUAAUCAUUCUUAUCCAAUAAUUCUUGA